UAUCGAUAUUUCGUAAAAAUCUGUGAUUAUUUGUCGUCGUCCUCAGAUGCAACUGCUAACCGGUUUGUGAAUUGAAAAGAAUCAAAGAAUUAAGAAAGCAGCGGUGUAGGAUGAUUGAAUGAGCGUUUAAUUAUGAUCUUUUCUUUUUCAAAGUAAAAUACAACUUAAAUAUGCACCAGUUGUGGAGGCAAGCAAAAUCUUAGUUAUGUUUUGCUACAGAUCUCCAAAUUCACAUAUAUUUUAGUGUACACAGUCUGCGCGUAGACUGCACUAUGCAGUUCAAGUGGCUUAGACGUUUUGUGCGUAGACGGACCCGUCCGAUACCCGCGCAAACAGCUACAGAUUGGAAGAAGAGAUUAUCCAUUGCGUACAUGUUAAUAGCUUGGAAUGCCUUCGGAUUUGUUUGUUAUAUGAUGUACACUGGUCGCACGGACUGGGCAAAGUAUUAUGGUUACAAAACAUCGGAUGAUCCUACGCCAGGUGUGUACUGGGCCCGAACAUUAAGCAAGGGAGAAACAAAGAUCGUCAGGCUCUCUGGCUUUCAUAAAACAGGUGAAGAAACAUUCAAAAGGGAGGCAGAAACCACCGAAGAUGUCCCAUCACCUUGAUUACUGUCCACUAUGUGCAUUACCCUUCAGCGAGUGAAAAUAUUAGUAUUGUAUAGGUAUCAUUGCGCAGGGAAACUUGAUUGAAAUAAAGUUUGUUGUUAACAGCA